CGAGUGUUGGCUAGCGGAGGUCCGCGGCGGGUCCUGAUAGCAUGUCGUGACGUCAUGAGCAGCGACAGCAGACCGGCGAGAAACAUGUGCUGUAGCCACGGAGUUAUUCUCUAGAAACAGAACAUUUGAUCGUCCAGUCAUGGAGUACAUGCAUGCCCCACCAUCAAGCAGCCAAGGGAACAUUCUUUGCUGUACAUGUGGCGUUCCCAUCCCACCAAACCCAGCCAACAUGUGCGUGUCCUGCUUAAGAUCUCAAGUGGACAUCUCUGAGGGUAUUCCCAAGCAGGUCUCUGUUCAUUUCUGCAGACAGUGUGAAAGAUAUUUACAGCCUCCCGGCACAUGGAUUCAGUGUGCUCUGGAGUCCCGGGAACUUCUCGCUCUGUGUCUGAAGAAGCUGAAAAGCACAAUGGCCAAGGUCAGGCUUAUUGAUGCUGGCUUCUUAUGGACGGAACCACACUCCAAAAGAAUUAAGAUGAAGCUGACUGUCCAGAAGGAGGUGAUGAACGGAGCAAUUCUGCAGCAGGUGUUUGUGGUGGAGUUUGUCAUUCAGGCUCAGAUGUGUGAUGAUUGUCAUCGAGUGGAAGCUAAAGACUUCUGGAAAGCAGUUGUGCAAGUGAGGCAGAAGACGGUCCACAAGAAAACCUUUUAUUAUCUGGAGCAGCUGAUCCUGAAGCACAAGCUCCAUCAGAACACGGUUCGCAUCAAGGAGAUCAACGAGGGCAUUGAUUUUUACUACGCCUCCAAGCAGAACGCUCAGAAGAUGGUGGAUUUCUUGCAGUGCACGGUUCCCGGCAGGUCUAAGGCGUCUCAGCGGCUCAUAUCUCAUGAUGUUCAUUCAAAUACCUACAACUACAAAAGCACAUUUUCAGUGGAGAUUGUUCCUGUGUGUAAGGAUAACGUGGUGUGUCUGUCCCCGCGGCUCGCUCAAAGUCUGGGUAACAUGGGUCAGGUGUGUGUGUGUGUCCGGGUCACCAGCUCCAUUCACCUGAUUGACCCCAACACCUUACAGAUUGCGGAGGUGGACGCAAACACUUACUGGCGACACCCGUUCAACAGUUUGUGUAACCCGCGGCAGUUAGAGGAGUUUAUUGUCAUGGACACAGACAUCAUCAGAGACCAGAGACUGGGGGCAGGCGCCGGUCUCACAUCCAACAGGCACACAUUAGCUGAGGUUUGGGUUCAGAAGACGUCAGAUAUGGACUCUGGUCAUCAGUAUCACUGCAGAACAUUUCUGGGUCACCUGCUGAACAUCGGAGAUCUGGUUCUCGGCUUUGAUUUCGCCAACGCCAAUAUCAAUGAUGAGUUUCUCAAUAAGAUGAACCCUGACCGCGUCCCUGAUGUGGUGCUCAUAAAGAAGAGUUACGAUCGUGUGAAGCGUGUGAAGAACAGAAUCUGGAAAUUGAAGGAGUUGGACCGAGAGAAAGAAGCUGCGGACACUGAUGAUGAGAGACAAUAUCAUGAGUUCCUGGAAGACUUGGAGGAAGAUGAAGUCUUGAGGAAGAACAUCAACAUCUUUAGAGACACGUCAAAGAUCCCAGUGGAGAGCGACACCGAUGAUGAGGGGGCACCCAGGAUCUCUCUGACAGAGAUGUUGGAGGAUUUGAGUUUGACCGACGCCACCGGUGGAGAAGGAGCCGACAUGAUGACAGAUGCAUGAAUGCAGAUUGAAAGCUUCAAAUAGUUCCUAUAAUCGGUGAUCGGUAUCGGCCAAUACAGCUUUCAGUGAUCGAGGAUCGGUGAUCGGCUAAAAAAACCCUGAUCGGAGCACCCCUAGUUUUUCAGUGUUGCAUUUGAAGUAUCCAUAAACAGAACUGUGUAGCGUAGUUGGUAUUACUAUGUUGGAGGUGUAUUUCAAAAAAGUCCUAACUUAAAUGAGGUCCUCAACAAAAUUUAAUUUUGAAGACGAAAUCAGAAUAUCAUCCAGAAUGUCCUGAGUGCUGAAGCUUAACCACAGCAAGGAAAGGGGUACAGCGUUCUUAUUUCAUCUUAAAUCCUUUUAACGGCUCAAUAUAACUUUAAAUUUGGAGCCCUCAUCAGAAUCACUGAGCCAUCAUGAACAUAAUGCCAAAUAAUGACAUUUUAAGGGGUUAUUAUAAAUGUACUUGCACACAUACAUUUUCAAUUAGAAAAACCUUAAAAUGUUUUUUAAUCAUUUUAUAACAUUUUCUUAGAUUUGUUGUUUGUGAUGUCCCACACAAUGCUAAGCUAACUUCAUUGAGUGUAAUAAAUGAAUAAAAUACAUGUUGAAAAUAUUA